UUCACUUCAUUAAAAUCCCCUUCUCCCUUAUUUCUUCUUUGCUUCUCUCUCUCUUUACAGUGUCCGUAUUUCACUAUUUUCUCUAUCUGUAUUAUGGACAUGAAGCCGCCUUACGGGACCUCUUCUCGUGCUCUUUCGGUCAUGUCUCUGUAUUUCACUAGUUUCGUUUUUGUUUUCACUCAGAUGAAAGCCAUACACUUAGAUUAAAAACAUUUGUCUUUUUCUUACAUGUUUUUAUCAUUUUUCCUUGGAAAACAAUCAUAAUAUUUGAAAUUCAAACCGUCAUUUGGGGUGUUGUAUCCAAAUUCGAUAGUCUCUAACUAAAACUGGGUUUUUGUUUCUUCUGAAAACAAACAAAAACGGGCAACAAAAAUCGGAACUUUUUUUGGGUUGUUUUUUAUUGGGGUUUGGUGGAGCAUGGUGUAAAAUAUUGGAGUAAAUAAAGCAUGGUGGAGCUUGAGAAUUCGUCAACAAUGACAAUUUCUACAGCUUCUGGAGAAGCAAGUGCAUCUUCUUCGGUUAAUCAGAUUCAAGGUACUCAACCGAAAGGAGGAGGAGGACCACCGAAGAAGAAAAGAAAUCUUCCUGGGAUGCCAGAUCCAGAUGCUGAGGUAAUAGCUUUAUCUCCAAAAUCCCUACUAGCUACCAACCGGUUCGUUUGUGAGAUCUGCAACAAAGGCUUUCAACGCGAUCAAAACCUUCAACUCCACCGACGGGGCCAUAACUUACCAUGGAAGCUACGGCAAAGAACCAGCAAAGAAAUUCGAAAGCGAGUCUAUGUGUGCCCUGAGCCAAGUUGCGUUCACCACAACCCAGCUCGAGCCCUCGGUGAUCUUACCGGUAUCAAGAAACACUUCUGCAGAAAACACGGGGAAAAGAAGUGGAAAUGUGAGCGUUGCUCUAAAAAAUACGCUGUUCAGUCCGAUUGGAAGGCCCACAUGAAGACUUGCGGCACCCGAGAAUACAAAUGCGAUUGUGGCACCAUCUUUUCUAGAAGGGAUAGUUUUAUGACGCAUAGAGCUUUCUGCGAUGCAUUGGCUGAGGAAAGCGCAAGGGCUAACAGGCUAGUGAAUGCUAUUACAGAAGGGAAUGUUAAUGUGAAUGGUAAUGGGAAUGGGAAUGAGAAUGGGAAAAGUAUGGUUGGAGGAGAAGCUACUGCUGCAACAUCACCACCACCGCAGCCUUUAACACCGUCUACUACUAGUGUAGUUUCACCGGGUAUGUCGAUUCAGAGUUCAGAAAUACCGGAAAAUCCAAUGGAACUUUCACCGCCAACUCCAGCAGCAACUAAGGCAUCUACUUCAAACAGCAAUGUUUUUGCUAGCAUAUUUGCGCCAAACUCUCAACCAUCCAAAAUACAAGCACCAGCAUCGAUCCGUCAAUCAGCAGCACCCUUAGAGCGCACAUCGCUGUCUCUUUCCUCUCCUCUCUACCUCUCCAACAAUGGCCCCUCUAUCUUCACUGGAACUGAACAUGACCAUUGCCACUAUGCUCCGUCUCCGCAACCAGCCAUGUCUGCUACUGCAUUGCUACAAAAAGCUGCCCAAAUGGGUGCAGCGGCAUCAAACCCGUCACUGCUCCGUGGUCUAGGCUUGGCAGUAUCAGCAACUUCCUCUGCUGGUCAGGAUCCUAAUGUAAAGUCAGAGAGCAAUUCAAUGACAGCUGGUCUUGGCCUUGGCCUUCCCUCAAAUGGAAAUUCUGGAUUGACUAAUCCCAUGAUAGGCUCAUCCUCGCUCUUUGGAAACAGGCCUACUACGCUUGAUCUUCUUGGCCUUGGCAUAGGCAUAGGUGAUGGUGGAGCUUCCUCAAGUGGACUGUCUGCUUUGCUCACUUCCUUUGGAGGUGGCUUCAAUGUUGGAGAAGCAGCUACUACAUCAUAUGGGGCAGGAGGCCGUUCGCCUAGAGAAACAUGGGGAGGUGCGCCUGAGAGAAAGCCCAAUGGCCCAGCUAUUCUUUAGAUAUUCAAUUCCCUGGUAAAGGAAUUGAAAAAGAAAUGCUAAACCAUUUUGUUUUUUUCAAUCUUUUGCUUCUAUCUUCGACACAAGUGCUUAGAACUGAGAGAAGGAUGUUAAAGUUGGACAUUAAUUUUGGCUUUGCGUUUGUUAGCACUGCCUUUUAAAGUUAGUUUCCUUAUGAGGUAAAGUUUAACUUUAAAAAAUCUCGGGGAUAUCACUCAGGGAAAAAGGUUGUACAGGAACUUCUGUUUUUAGCAGCUAGCAAAUGUAGCACAAAAUUUGAUGCUACUAUAUACGUUUCUUUUAUUUUGUUUUUUAAUUGUUGUAUCACUUUCAAAUUCGAACCUGUCUGUCAACACGUUUGAAUUUACCAAAAAGACUGAACAUAAAAAACAUUUUAAACAAUUUGCUAACCACAGUUAAAACCCAAUUUAAGUUCAUUAAUCCAAAGUUUUGAGCAGUCCAAGUUCGAAAACGAUUUAUUGAUUGAUGAUGACGGUGCAUCUACGCCAUGAUGAUGGCGUUGGUCAAAGAAAGGGGGCCGGCUGGUCAAUUCUAAACA